CAGCGCCACCAGCUCUCAGCCAUGAGCCAUAUUACCUCUUCGUGGUUGAAUUCUCUGUCUUUCUGUUCUUAGUCUGCAAGCUCCGCGCACACAUCUACACAAUGACGUCGAAAGUAUCUCGCGAUACUCUUUACGAGUGCGUAAAUGGAGUCAUCAAUGGCUCACAGGAGAAGAAGAGGAACUUCGUUGAAACUGUGGAGCUUCAAAUUGGUCUCAAAAACUACGAUCCCACCAAGGACAAGCGUUUCAGUGGCACAGUCAAGCUAAAGAACAUUCCUCGCCCAAAGAUGCAGGUUUGCAUUCUUGGAGAUCAGCAGCAUUGUGAUGAGGCUAAAGCCAACGGCGUCCCUUUCAUGGAUGCUGAAGCUCUGAAAAAACUUAACAAGAACAAAAAGCUAGUUAAGAAACUUGCCAAGAAGUAUGAUGCUUUUCUUGCUAGCGAAUCCCUUAUCAAGCAGAUCCCUCGUCUGCUGGGUCCAGGUUUGAACAAAGCUGGUAAAUUUCCAGGUCUUCUUUCUCACCAAGAAUCGAUGGUGGGAAAAAUUGACGAAGUCAAGGCUACCAUCAAGUUCCAGAUGAAGAAGGUCUUGUGCCUCUCAGUUGCCGUUGGACACGUAGAAAUGUCACCUGAUGAGUUGGUUCAGAACGUUCACUUAUCAAUCAAUUUCUUGGUGUCUCUGCUGAAGAAACAUUGGCAAAACGUCCGAUCCCUUCACAUUAAAUCUUCCAUGGGACAGCCACAACGACUUUAUUAGGAUGUUUUUACUGUUUUAAAAUAUGAGCAAUAAAAUCAGCUUUCACAAAAAAAAA